AUGGUAAUGGGUACGGCGAGGUACGUGAACAGCCUGGCUUUAAAUGAGCUUCCCAGCAUAGUAGUCAACAACACUAACAUACCUUUUGUGGACUCGGUCGGCUACCUUGGUUUUACUAUCACAAACAACUUAUCGUGGGAGAAUCAGAUUACGAAGACUACGUCUAAAAUUUUCGCUUCGCUACACCAAUUGAAGCUGUGCAAAAGUCUUUUGCCUAUCUCCCUUAGGGAGAGGUUGGUAAAGACGCUGAUUUUUCCUAUUCUCGAUUACUGUUCUGCUGCCCUUACAGAUAUCACGCGUGAGCAAAAUCUUAGGUUGCAAAGAGCCUUGAACGCCUGUGUGAGGUUCAUCUAUCAGGCAAGGAGGGACGAACACAUUACUCCCUACUUUGAGAGACUCGGAUGGCUUAAGGCAUUUUCCAGACGUAAUUACUUGGUGGGCAGCCUUGCCUUCUGUAUACUACGUACGAAAAAACCGGCUGUAAUCCAUAAAGGUUAUGUUCACCGUAGCGACGUCACGUCUCGCGACACCCGGGCUCCGAGCGAUACGUUAUCAUUGCCACAAUGUAGAACCGAGUUAUUCAGGAGGUCUUUCAGGUGUGCCUCUAUUGAGCUAUGGAACGGUUUUCCAUUGAACAUUAGAAAUGCCAAAUCCUUAGAUGUUUUUAAAAGCGGACUCUAUGAUUUUCUGCUCAGUGCGAACCGCUGA